GACCAGCCCGUGGCCAUGCAGGUCGAGCCAGCUCAGCCCAAUGCCCGCACGAGGCAGCAGCUGCAGAGCUCGAUUGCCCAGCUCGAGAAGGCCCUCUCGGCCCUCGAGGGCCAUGGAGAUGCAGUUGGGAGCCCGAUCGUGAUGCAGAUUGCGGAGAAGAAGAAGACCCUCAGCGAGCUGGCCCCACCGAAGCCUGUGGGGAAGCGGCUCGACGGCGCCCGCGCGGCCCUGGAGCGCGCGAUCAAGCGCCACCAGGCAGCCGACGAGAGCGUCAAGUUGGCGCUGGCUGCCCAGGCUGCUGCGUCGGAGGAGGUGGUGAAGCUGCGCGAGGACGUCCGCCAGCUAGAGAUCGAGUGCGCGGCAGGGCGCGAUGCCAGCGCUCAGCCAACCAGGCCCGACAUGGACCAGCUGGAGGCGAUCCUUGCGGCGGCGGUCGACGAGCUCAAGUCCUGCUCGGCGAUCAACCCCUCAGCGAUCGACGAAGCCACGCAGCAGUCCAAGGAGCUGUUCGAGAAGUUCAAGGUGACCCUCGAGCUGGCCCACAGCGUCGAGGCUGCGCAGGCAGAGCCUGCAAGGCGCAUGGAGGGCAAGCAACCUCCAAUGGAUGGGACUGCCCACCCG